CUUAGAAAAGGCAGUGUGCUCACUAUUUAUUUUGCACGCAGUGGUUCCUCCUGCCUCUCUCCGCCCAAACCUCUCCCCUCCCCGGGUGCAGGCAGCACUGCUGAGCAACCCCUGUGGGCACCAAUGCUGGGCUUCCAUCUGCAGCCCCAUCGAUGGCAUUGACCAGGGGAGUUGGCGGUGACCGCGGAGCUGAGCGGGCAGCAGCUGCUGGGGGGGCUGGGCAUGGGGGAUGCUGCUUGCGGGGAUCGAUGCUUGCGGCUAUUGACAGCCAAACGCUUUGCAUCGCAUUGAGCGGCGGCUGGGUUAGUUCAUGGAUGUAUGGAUGUCACUGAGCAUUGGCACAAAGCGUCCCCUGCCCUGUGUCAUUUGGUCUUGAGUUGGAGAGAAACGGCCGCAUGAUCGGUUCUGAGCAAAAUGGAGAUAUGGGAAUAGAAUGCUGUUUGCAUUUACCCUGCAUCUGGAAGGGAGGUGCUUGGCGUACCUCUGCUUUCUGAUCAUACUUUCUGUAUGUAGUUUGGAGCCCAGGGACAUUAGAUAUGUAUAGAUGCAGUACUGCUGGUACCGCGUCUGUGCAGCGUUGGUAUUUGGAGGUGGUUCUCGGGGAGCUUUCGUUUUUCCACUCACAAACAUGCAGCAAACGCCCAGCCCUUGUUGGAUGCCUUGGGGAUGACUCCAAGCCUUUCAGAUACACGAUGGGGAAUUGGAGGCAAAUGUUAGUUUCUUUUCCAUGGCGCUUCACGGCAGCCAUAGCACACUGUGACUAAGUUUUCAUCUUGGUGUCCUCCUGAGACCUACCCAUCGUGUCCCCAUCUCCGGGUGCAUCCUUGGGGAUGGUGACGGGUGAGGACACUGUGUCCGAUCCCAGCGGUUCCACCUUGCCUCCCUCACAGUACUCGCUCUGUUGGUUCUGGCUCAGCAAGGAUAACAGUGAAAGGCAAUGGUAUGAACAAUGCAGGAGGUGUUGUGUGUGGUGGGGGCUGCAGGUGGGAGAGCUCUCCACGUACUCCCUGACCGAGCCCUGCCCCCCCGGGACCCAGUCUUCCCUUUGUUGGUUGCAGUGAAGAUAUAAAUGCCAUCAGAAAACAGCAGCAGUGGCGCCCAGGCUCAUUUCUGUUUGAGACCAUCCUCCGGAGACUUCUUUUUCAGGAUUUGCUGGGCUCCUGAAUUGUCAUCUUAUCAUAAAAAGGGAAAUAAAUCCUUUUGUUUGCCCUGCGCAUCCGUUCUCCCCGGACCCGUGGCAGUGUGGGGAAAUGCUCUGCCUGUCGUGGAGAAGUUUGAGCGCCGGCUUAACCGCUGCGUCGCCAGGCAGCGCUGCGAGGGGACGUGCUGAGGAUUGGUUCUGUUUGUUCGUUAAAUAAAAGGAGUGGGGAAAAAACUCAUUCAGAUGCGAUAUUUUCUGAGAGCGACAUAUGCUGUUGACUCACAAAAAUAUGUCUCCUCUGGAGAGCCCUUGUGUAAGAAAUCUCUCAGCCUUCAGUUCCUUGUCAGUAAUGAGAAUUUCUUUCUUUCGGCGGAGCUAUGAAAACCUUCGAUCUUAGCUCUCCAAAAAAUGCAAAAGGUGUCAAAUUAUACAAACGCAAUAUUUGAUAUGUUAAUAACCAAGGAGGUUAUAAGAGAGGAAAUGGCAACAUAACCCGAGGAAACGCGCCGUGUUCCUGGCAGCGGUGCUCCCCUGGCUGCUCUGUAUUCCUGCCCGUGUUACCUUGGUAGCGGUUUUUGCCGUGUCCCCAGGUAACAGCGUGCGUGCAGCCCUAUGGAGCGUGAUGGCGCACAGGAACGCGUGGUGCAUGCGGGCCGUGUUCUGUGCUGUCCUGGCACGAGGUGCAGGAGGAGCAGGCGCUGCCGUGUCCCUUUUAUCCCAGCUGGCCUCGAGCGGCUCCUCGUCACGUUUGGUCUUUCCUUCCUACUUGUCCUUGGUGGAGAGCCGCGGAGGGAUCAUGGACAGCGUGCAGAGAUUCUCAAACCUGCCGACGUACCUCCCCGCCAGCUAUCACAUCUGCAACGCCGAUGUUUUCUUCUUCCUUAAGGAAACCAACCAGGAUAUCACGAGGAACUCCAGUUUGCAGUCCAGGGUGGAUUCAUUCAUUAUAUACAAAUCCAAACUGCCGCCCGUCCUAAAUGCCACGUACGGACCCUUUUCUGUGGAACAGGCUGUUCCCUUGGACCUCAUGCUGUCUUCUGCAUCUUUUGGUUUCACGAAUGAAUUUGCUUUUAAUUGGAAAUUAAAAUCGCACAUAAUAGACAGCUCGAUUUAUUCCAACAAACCUAAAAUACAAACCUUGUUCUAUAUCGCGGGGAAAGACUGGGAUGACUACGACGCUGAGGAGAGGUUGCCUUGCGUGAAGAUGUUUGCUUUCCUGGAAUCUAGAGAAGUGGUGGCCAGCUGCAGGUUGACAGGCCGCCUGGGAUUAUGCGUUGCGGAGCUGGAGUUGUCUCCCAGCUGGUUCAGCUCCCCUCCACCCCUGGUUUCAGAGGAUACAGCCUCCCUGGGAGGGAUUACUGUGGAGCUCUUCUAUAAGAUUUAUACAGCAGAUGGGGAGUGUUCUCCAGAGGAUGAAAAGUGGGAGAACAAUAUCCACGCGGGUGAAGAUAACGAACAGAAGGCUUUGCCAGCUAUGGAGAGGAUUGGUAGCAUUGUUGUUUACCCAAAUCAAGACACGUUAAAACAGUCUUCACUGAGGCUGGAUGAGAAUGUCAUAAUCCGCUUGCCACUCAGCCCGGUCAGAGAAGGGGACGUUGUGACCUUCCAUGUCUCCCUGGCAGAUGACUCUCUGGCAGACCAGUUUGUAUUAAGAAUUAAGACAGCCCCAGGUGUGAAGAUCUUGGACGUCAGAGUCAGCGAUGCGGACCAGUGGGGAGUUCAAGAGGAGACCGAUAGCGCCAGGACCACUGCCACGAUCACCUGCAUGCACAACGACCCAGACCCGGAGAGCAGAGCAAACAUCACCUCCUACGAGAUCCUGCAGAUGGACUUUGAGAUCGACAACACCAGCAGCCCGGCGGGGGCCCAGCAGAUCACCUGGCAGGUGGAAUACCCUCGAGACGACUCUCUGAGCGAACUGGUGGUCUCCGAGAUCUUCGUCAGCCGGACGAUGUUUGCUGGAAUUGUUCCUCUUGCGAUGGACACAGAAGUCCUUAACACGGCCAUCCUGACGGGGAAAACGGUGUCAGUGCCAGUCAAGGUUGUUGCGGUGCAGGAGGACGGGUCGGUCGUCGAUGUUUCAGAGUCCACUGAGUGCAAAUCAGCUGAUGAAGACGUCAUAAAGGUUUCUGACAGAUGUGACUCCAUCUUCGUUAAUGGCAAGGAAAUGAAAAGCAAAGUGGAUACUAUUGUUAACUUCACUUAUGAGCAUUUUACCACCCAAUUAGAAGUGACGGUCUGGGUUCCGCGGCUGCCGCUGCAGAUAGAGAUCUCUGAUACAGAGCUCAGCCAGAUCAAAGGCUGGAGGAUACCCGUCACCUCUAAUAAAAGGCCUACUCGUGACAGUGAGGAUGAAGAAGAUGAUGAGAAAAAAGGAAGAGGUUGCACUCUUCAGUAUCAGCAUGCCAUGGUGCGAGUCCUCACACAGUUUGUAGCGGAAUCCUCGGAGUUUGGAGGCUACCUGACCUAUAUGCUAGGCUCUGAGUGGCAGUUUGACAUCACUGACCUUGUGGCUGAUUUCAUGAAGGUGGAAGAUCCCAGGAUUGCUAAGCUUCAAGAUGGCCGAGUUCUGGUGGGUCGGGAGCACGGCAUCACCACAGUCCAGGUUCUGUCACCUCUUUCUGAUUCCAUCUUGGCAGAGAAGACAGUGAUAGUUCUAGAUGACCGUGUAACUAUUACAGAUCUAGGAGUACAACUAGUUUCAGGCUUGUCCCUCUCCUUACAAAUCAGCAAAGGAAAUAAGAGAGCUAUUGUAUCCACCACCUCUGCGUAUGAUAUCCUUCAUACACCAAAACAGGAAGCCAUAGUCAGUGCUUGGAUUUUGUUCAGUGAUGGGUCAGUGACACCAUUAGAUAUCUACGACUCCAAGGAUUUCUCAAUCAGCAUCACUUCACUGGAUGAGAUGGUAGUGUCUGUACACCAGAAUCUUCAGUCAAAAUGGCCUGGGGUAGUGGCAGAAGGGGAUGGUCAAGGACCUCUGAUUAAAAUUGAAAUGGUCAUCAGUGAGCCAUGUCAGAAGACAAAGCGAAAGAGCAUUCUGGCUGUUGGAAAGGGAAGCGUCAAAGUGAAGUUUGGUCAAAAAGAUUCCGAUCAAAAAGAAAGCACCAAUGACAUUGAUGAUACAGACAAAGAUUUUAAAAGCCAUGCAAGCAACUCCAUAGAAAAAACUGCAGAACAAGAGAGGACAGCACAAGAAUGGUCCAAAAAUGGAGUCCUUAGUAAUCAUGAGGACAACGCAAACAAAAGCACAACUUUCCUAUCUCCCAUCGAUCAGGAGUCCCUGGAGGAUGACCAGCUCCAAAAUAACCCAACUGCCUUCACAGGUUUCCCUGCCCAAGUAGAAAUACCAGGAGAAAACAAUCCCGGUGAUCUCACAUUGACUUCAAGAGGAUUAACAGAUUUGGAGAUCGGCAUGUAUGCCCUGCUGUGUGUUUUCUGCUUAGCAAUCUUGGUCUUUUUGAUUAACUGCGUGGCAUUUGCUUGGAAAUACAGGCAUAAAAGGUUUGCUGUGAGUGAGCAAGGCAACAUCCCCCAUUCCCAUGAUUGGGUCUGGCUUGGAAAUGAGGUUGAACUGCUGGAGAACCCAGUUGACAUUUCACUCCCAUCAGAGGAGUGCACUACCAUGAUUGACAGAGGAAUGCAGUUUGAAGAAAGCAACUUUCUCCUUAAUGGGAGUUCUCAGAAGACUCUUCAUAAUCAUAUCCUCAGAUCUUCUGAGUACCUUUGUGAAAAAGAAGUUAAAAGUGAACCUAUAAAUCCUUCUGGGCCAAAGCAGAAGCGAGUGAAGUUCACUUCCUAUACAACAAUACUGCCGGAGGAUGGAGGCCCCUACACCAACUCAAUUCUAUUUGACAGUGAUGAUAAUAUUAAAUGGGUAUGCCAAGAUAUGAAUCUUGGUGAUUCCAAGGAACUUAGGGACUAUAUGGAAAGACUGCAAGACAAUAUGUAAAACUACUUUCUUAUGUUUGUAAUCACCUUUAUGCCUUCUGUUUAUGGAUGGUGGAGCAGUCAGUCCAGUCAGCAAUAGGAACAAGACAGUCCUACCUUGGAGUUACUGAGAUGAUAAUCUGGUAUCACUGAGCAGGUACAAGAGGCUGGCUGAGUUAAACCUGUUUCACCACAAACCAGGAUGUGCCCCUAAAGCAGCUACCUGUAGGUGUUGGAGGUGUCACACACGAUGGCUGUUUUUGUAUACUGCCUGGUACUAGCAAAAUGCUAAUACAACUACGCUCAGACUCAGAGGAGACUUCAUUUGUUUGUCAUCUCUCAUGAUAAGUGGUAAAUCAGAAAAGAAAGGGAUCUUUGUUUGCAUUGAUUUUUCUAGUUGUUGUUCUUUGUAAAGCACAGUGGACAUUUCUUGCUUACAGCCUGAAACAUGGCUUAUAUUAAAAGGGAUAUGAAUGAAUCUAAUCUUAUUGCCUACGUGCAAUGCAGCCAAGUAGUCUUACUGUUUUUUUUACACAUAUAAAAACCCCAUGUGGUUAAUUUCCUUUUGUAUUGUUUAUGAAUUUUAUUUGACUUAGGGAACAUUAUUUCCAUUGAUCUUUUUUUGUUUCUGUUGUACCAAAGUGAAGUAUGGUAAUAUUUAUAACGAUUUAGGUUUUUCAUUCAUCUGCAUCAGCUCCUAGAGAUACCUCCUUCAUCUGAUUAUCUUCCUCCUUUCCAUGUGAGUAUAUGGGUCAUUAGAAACAUAGAAAGGUGUUUGAACUCUUACUGGGAAAGGGUUUUAUCUUCUUACAGGGAACUGUAAAUACAAUAAUAAACCCUGGAGCAUAAAAAUCAAGGAGCAACCCCAGGUUUACUUUUGUCAUUGCUUACAUGAAAAGGUAACCUGCAAACAAACAGCACAUACUUAAGGAAAAUGCAGCAGCUUAGUUGGUAAUACACAUUAUUAUCUGAAGGAGAAAGCCAAGUAUGGUAUUGAAAUGCGUAGAAUAGGAAGAAGAUUUCCUAGCAAAGAAGCAAAGGCUUGGAGUCAGUGUUACUCAUUAAUAAAUUAAUAGAUUGAUGGUAGAGUUUAGCAGGACAUCAGAUUAUUCCCCAGACCCCCUCUAAACCAUCAAUGACCAUAAAGCUGCUAAAAAGAAAACACACGAAAAACCCAUAUUUAAAUCAUAUUUCAUUAAAAAGGGAGCAGGAAAGAGAAGGCCCACUGGGCACAUUAUAAAGUGACGAUUUGCAGUUGUAGCAAGGAAUACACGCUGAAGAUUCAAAGCUGCCACUGCACAUGCAUUAUGUGUAGAUUUGUAUGGAAGAAUAACUGAAAUAUGUUGAAAAUUACACUUAGAAAAAAGCUGUAACUACACAAUGCUAACAAACAAUAAAGCACAGGUUCUUCUGAUGGGUAAGAUCCAAACGAUGACUGCCUUAUGUACCAUUUCUCCCACAUUUCAAGAUAAGACCUUAAUUUUGUAAUUCAGUUCUGAUAUUAGAACAGAUCAGACAACCUUUACUCCAGCAAAUUAAGCACUUGGAUCCUAAUCCACCACUUGGAACAUGUUUAGUAUAACUACUGCAAAAUACUAGAAUUUUGAUAGCGAGACUACAAAGGAAAAUGAGGACACUAGGCUUAUAAAAGUGAUUAAAGACUUACACUUGCUGGCGUUGAACUGCACAGUCAGGGAAAAAACAUCUGUUAUAAUCCAAUUUUAAGCAGAUAAAGUAACAAACCACAGCGAUGCUUCCAUUUGAUAAGGGAUGUGGUACUUGUACUUCAAGUGAAAUCUCAGAAUGUCUAACAAAUGAUUCCCUCCUCUUAAAAUGCGCCAGCUCUCAUGAGAAACCAUUAAUUCCUGCUAUGAUCCUUGUUAAUAAGAACAAAAACUAUAUAUAUCCCUUUUUAAGAUUUAGCAUCUCUUCCCAACAUGUUGUUACCUGAGAGCGUUGUCCGGACGCUCCUCGAGCUGCAGCAGCUCGGUGCCAUGCCCACCACCUCUCGGUGAAGAACUUUUUCCUAAUACCCAGCCUGACCCUCUCCUGUAUAAAGUGAUCUCAAAUAAACCUGAUCUAGACAUGAGACAGCGUGGCUAUAGCAGCUGUGCAGGACAAACAGCUUUGCUGUUUUCAUGAAUGCAUAUCCCCCAGCUUACCAGUGCAACAAGGAUCUUACUAGCACUGUAACUCAGCUCUGUAACCCACUUCACUGUGGCCCCAGGUCUGCCAACUGCACCAGCAGAUGCUCAACUCUGGCACUAUGGCACACACACCGAAUGGAGAGACCUACAGCUGUGCUCAUCUGCUCUUCUGAACCUUUACAACAUAACACAAAUCAAAAGCCACUUCUAAACCGGAAGGAAAAGAAUUUAGAUGAAUACAGUGGGUGUGAAGCACAGCCCUCAGCUGAAGUGCAGUACUUUUCAAAUGAAACAUCUCAAGUCUUAUUGUCAAAAUAAUUCAAAACAAGUGAAACCAUUUUCAGAUGUACCUAUUUUUUUUUUUAAGGGAGUCAAAGCUCUUAUUUAAAAAAAGAAUAAAAAAGGUCUUUUAUUCAUGGAAUAUAUCAUAUUCUGCUGUGAAAUGAACAACGUCUGUAAACUGAUAGAAGUGUCUCUGGUUUUGAGAUUACUGAGCAAAGGAAGUCAGGCGAUUAAAAGGCAUGAUAUGUAAGUAUGCUAGAAACUAGAAUUGCCUAAAAAAGAAAACAAGCUAUACAGGUUAAUUAGAAUUGUGCUUCAGUAGGUGCCCAGGGAAGCAACACCUGUAAUCUAAUGCUGAGUAAACAGAACAUCUUAUUUAUAGCAUAUAGAGAGAAGACACUGUAGGCAAGUUUCUUCGCCAGAUAUCUAGGAAAGACAAUAUGCAGUAUCAAUAUAUAUACAAAGAAAAAUUCAGUAAGCAAAGAGAGGGUUAAUGAAAAAAUAGAGAGUUUGUGAACUGUAAAACCAGAGCUGAUGCCAGACCCUCAGCUCUUGUAAAUCAGAGCUGAGGCACUGAUGCCAGCUGAAGAGCUGGCAUUCAGAGAAUACACAAGAGCUAGUGGUUUUCAUCUGCUCUGAACUUUUUAUUUCAUUCGAACGUCACACACAGCCUAGCUCCAUGUGGCUUGUCUAUGCAUUCUUUCUCAUUUAAUAAGAAUUUAGGAAACCAGUGCCCUGCUCUCCUCUUGAUGUAGAACCACAUAGAGCAAUGUUUUGAGCUGCUGUUUCUUAAUUCAUAUUGGGGAAUGUACAAGAAAAUCCUACAGCCAUAUGACACAGUACAAACAGUCCAUGAUAUAAUGGAAAAAAAACAACAACUGUAUUUCAAGGUAGAGUACCCUAUGAAUGAAAUACCAUUUUUUCAUAGAGGAAACGCUCUUUUCUGAAAUAUAUCAUGUGCACUACAUUGAAAUACACUAUAGUGUAUUGUGAAAUGCAUACAUUAAUUGCUGAAUCUAUAACACUGAAUAUGUAUAUACAUCACACCCAAGAUGUUUAUACGAUAUAAUAAGUCUUAGAUGUAUAACAUAAUGAAUUCUGUACAAAAUAAACUGUAAGUUAAGACAAUGAAAGACAACUUUUAUAUCUGUGUAAUUUGUAUGCUAAGUUAUUCAAGCCUCAGUUUUCAUCUUUAAAUGUGCCCUUAAAACAACCACGCUGAUUUUCUAUAGGCAGAUGCCUGAAAUAAAGACUUCGCUCUUCAGAAAUGAAGCAAUUGAAAGACUGUGAAAAAGACAAAGAUUCUACUGGAGAAAUAAACAUACUGUUGGUGUGGUUUUUU